GAUUUAUAGGUUGUUGAAAUGAAAGAAACAACCUGCCGAUAAGACUAUGGAUCCUGCGCCAAGAAAGAGGAGGGCUUUGUAAUUCGCUGAUUAUGUAAUGACGAAUCACUGAAAGAAGAGCUCAUGCAACUAAAUAAAUCGACAAGAAAUUUCAACAGGAAAUUUUUUUCCCCCAAGAAAUUCUCUUUGCCGAGUGAACUUGCUUUGGUGUGAAAGGUAAAAUCAGUGGCGUGUCAUCGUCUGAUAUUCCCUAUUUAGCGUUAUAUUCAGGCAAGGUGACGUCGCAUCGGGGCUGAUUAGAAGUUGUUUAAAAAUAUUUAACAUAACCACAUCGCUUCUUAGACCCCGAUGUGAGAGGAAGGGUCUAACACGCAUCGCUGAGGCUUAAAAAACCAAUUGGUUAAAACAGAUUCGUCUGUGGUCGAAGACGAAGUGCAUGAAGGAAAAGGGAAGUCGGAUUCAUUUGGAGACAAUGUGAUUUAUCUGAUAUUCCUGAAGGAGGAUAGGUGUAAAGAAUUUUUAAAUGUUUUUGUAGUUGCAGUAUGCGAUUGAAACGACAUCCUAAGUGAUUUAAACGUAUUGGAUAAAUAUUGAAAACUUCCACCAUGUGGUUCGUGCUGUUGUUCUGUGCUCUUUUACGUUUUCCGGAGUGUUAUUCCUACGGUUCCAAUGAUGGAUAUCUACAGGAUAUAGAUCCGGACUGGGCCAUGAUAAGUGGACGGAUUAACCAGCCAAAAUGCAUCGACAUUCCGUCCAAUUUAACCUUAUGCCAAAAUCUCGGAUACCAUCAAAUGAGACUACCGAAUCUUUUGGAUCAUGACACCAUCAAUGAAGCUAUCCAACAAUCCAAAUCUUGGAUAUCUCUUUUGGGAGUGGAAUGCCAUCCCGACACCAAAUUGUUCUUGUGUUCUUUGUUUUCUCCAGUUUGUCUGGACAGAAAAAUUUACCCGUGUCGGAGUUUGUGUAAUGCCGUUAAAAAUGGCUGUGAACAAACCAUGCUAUUUUACAAUUAUAGCUGGCCAGAUAUGGUCAAAUGUGACCAAUUUCCGGAAGAUUCGGAUCUCUGUAUACAACCAUUACAUAAUGUGUCAACAGCUCACAAUCUCUGUAGUGCUUGUCGACAACCUGCAACAGUAGAGGGACUUGUUGACGGAUUCUGUCGAUCAACGUAUGUUGUCAGAGCUAAAGUAAAACAAAUCAAGCAUCAAAAUGAAAAGAAAAUAUUGGUGCUGGAAAGGAGAAAGAAAUUCUUCAAAAAGAAUGGCCUCUCUAAGAAAGAUAAAAAAUCACUUAGUCCCUAUAUUCAAGGUGGAAUUCAUUGUGAUUGUGAUCGCAUUAAUGUCACACUAAAUGAAAAAUACAUCAUUAUGGGAAAUAAUACGUCACCGGGCGAGUUUACCGCCAUGUAUAUAGCAAAAUGGCGAAAAGAAAGAGAUUUUCGCAAAGCGGUGAAACUAAUGCGUAAGAAGGGCAUUUGUUCAAAACCAUUGGACAUAGGAGAGAGCGAACAUCAAGGAAAAGGAGGCAAAGGGAAAGGUGGCAAAAAGGGGAAAGGAAAGAAAGGAAAGAAGGGGAAGGGGAAGAAAGGAAAGAAAAGAAAGGGAAAGAAAGGAAAAGGGAAAAAGGGCAAGAAGGGAAAAGGAAAGAAGGGAAAAGGAAAAAAGAAAAACCGAAAAAGAAAGGGUAAAAAAGGAGGAAAAGGAAGGAAUGUGGUAUCUCCCCCUUCGUAGACUUUGGAGAAGAACAUAAAUCCAAUUUGACCCAGAAAUGUCUGUGAUAAUGGUAUUUGAAUUUUGACACAAAGUUAAAGAUGUGCAAUCCGGAACCGUGAUUCUAAGGAAUCUUAUAGAUGGAUACAAGUGUGGAACAUGUGAUUAACUGACAUUGAAUGGAUAUGAAAGUGCAAAGCAAUGUGAUAGAGUUGUAUAAAUUUGUUUUGUUUUAUAGCAUUUUGACAUUGUGUAUGACGUUUCUUGCAAUGUUUGUGCAAAACUGCUUCUUUUUUCCAAGAAGUUGCACUGGCAAAUCAAGUGAUGCUUUCAUUUCCUAGUAAACCGUUCCUGCACUUCCGAUUAUGUGAUUUUAAAUUCAUGUUCUUUCAGCUGCACCGUUUAUUCUAUCGAUGAACGCAACUCUGAACAAGACCCCUGCAGAGAAUAGUGCUAUUUAUUCAAGACGUCUUUCAGAGUUCAUUUACUAUAAAAGCUGUGUUUGUGCAUAAUUACGGUGAAAUUGAUUUUUUUAAAGGAAAAUUCACUCUUUUUUUCUACAAAAGUUUUACACUCAAAGAAAACAAUGCAUUACGAUUAAAUUCAAAUCAGUCCCCUUUUUCUUCCAAAGACAGGAUAAAGGAAUGGUACACUUAAACAUUUUGUUUGAAGAAAUACUUGUCACAAAUGUUUUAGAAAUUUGCAUAAUAUGUUUAUGUUAAUUACAUUUUGUACAUUACAUUAAUAUCCAUUCACAAUUUUUUAAAUAAAAGAAAUUCAACCGUU